ACAAGGGAAAAUGGCGGUUAUCACGUGACCCUCAGCUCGGAGAUGAUAUUAUGAUUUGCCAGUCCGUGGUGUUCCUGCGGCCUGUCUCAGUUCCCGUAUAGAAUAAUCACCAACAAAUCAGGCUUCUCCGUCUCUUAUCCUCUCAUCUCCUACCUAGAAGACGUCGUUCUUAGCUUAGUGUUUAAUUAAUUAGUUCAAUUAUGCAGGCUCCUCCUCCUCCUCCGCAGUCAGCUUAUAGUCAAAUUCCAACCUACAAUCAAGUUCAAACGGCGCAAACGGUAUACGAACAAAGAGAAACGAUUCAAGCAGCAGCGCAAACUGUACAACAGGAAAAAGAAAGCGGUGUUAUAGAUCAUACAUAUUUACCUCAUAAAGGAAUUCAUGGAAUUCUCAAAGUUGUACAAUGCGUUAGUAUUAAAAAGCAACAACGGCAAAUCAUCCUAACACUUAUUGCAUACAUAAUAAGCGAAUUGGCAAUUGAUUGCAGUAGGUCGCAUAUAACACAAGGAUUCUUUAAAAUCUUAACGCUGGGAUCUUUCGUUGCAACUCUAGUCGUUUGGGCAGUACUUUUAUUAAAACUCGACAAAAGGAUAUUCCGCUGUUGUAACUGGUCCAUAGUUCUCUUAGGAUUCCAUGGUGUUAUAUGCGUUUGUUUCUUUUUCACCGAUAUUGUUCUAGCUGUUCAAGCUUGCUUUGGAGCCGACAAAGCUUCCUGCGCUUUUGGAUUCUUUUGUCUUUUUGCCUACGGGGCCGGAUUGAUCGUUGCUGUCAGACAAUAUAUGGACUCGAAACGACCAAGCGUGCCUGAGGCGGACACGAAGUAUUAG